CUCAUCUUUUACACAGAGCGAGGCUGGUGUGCUCAGUGUUGGAGUGAAAGGAGAGGAGGUGCCUCUUUGGAGGAGGAGAAGGUGUGCGCUUGUGUGUCGAUGCUCAAAUCCUGCUUUGUCCUCAGAGGCGCGUCGCGCUCGCAGGACACCGCGUGUCCUAUUUAUGUUCCCCCUCUGCGUGUUAACAUGAGCCAGUGUGUCGGUUCCUGUUUGUGCUGAGCGAGUGUGUGUGUGUGUGUGUGUGUGUGUGUGUGUGUGUGUGUGCGUGUGCUCUGUUUGCAGACACUCGCGUGGUCAAAUCUCUGGGUUGCUGUGUUUGUGAUGGCACUCAGAAGCUUCUGUUUGUUCCUCCCUCCCAUCAGCCCCAUUAGCCUGAUGUCUUCUCUCUCGCUGACUCGCUCAACCUUUUUUUUUCUUUUUUAAUGUGACUCUCGCUCUCUGUCUGUAACGUAGCGUCCUUGCAUGUGGCAGCGGGGUGGAUCUGCCUGCGCUGUCUGCUGUCAUAUCGACGUGGCUGAAAUUACCUCGCCGCCCCUCCCUCCCUUCCUCGCUCCCUCACCCGCUCCCUCACCCAACCCCAACCUGCUGUGAAUCAUGGGAGGAGGCGGCUGCCCCGCGCUUUGAUUGAAUCCACAUUCCCUGUCUCCUCCGACGCAGAGGCUGGAAGGAGGCCGGGGGAGAAGGAGGGCGAGGAGCGAGGGGAAAGUGAGGCUUUUGUGGACGGCGCGGUAGAAAAACACGCGCUGCAGAUGAAAAGCACAUGAUUCGAUCAAACGCGCUCUGUGGAAGCUACCUAGCUGAGCGGUGGAUGGAGAGGAGGAAAGGGCUGGGGCUCAUCUGCAGGCCCAUAGUGAACCCUGGUGGACGAAAGCAGCCGUGACACACAAACGUGCCUCCUUUUGUUUGCUGCUGGCAAAGAGCUCUUCUGUCGUCGUGGUGUGAGGAGCUGGGACGUCUGCUUCUCCUCCGUCACCAAAAGAACAGGCAAAACGAGCCUCCGGGAAAGGUGCCCAUGCAGCCCCCUAUGAGCUCCAUGAAGCCCGGCCUCUCACACGGGGAUGGGUCUUUUCCCUACGACGUCCCCUGGCAACAGAACACCAAUCAGCCUCCAGGUUCCUUGUCUGUGGUGACCACUGUGUGGGGCGUGACCAACACCUCGCAGAGUCAGGUGUUGGGGAAUCCCAUGGCCAACAACAACAACCCCAUGAACCCCGGGGGGAACCCGAUGGGAUCAGGCAUGUCUGGUAACAAUCCAGGGAUGAACUCCCCUCCGUUCCCUGGUCCUCAGCAGCAGUUCCCAAACAAAGGCUCCUCCAACCAAGGCUACAUGCAGCAGGGCAUGUACGGACGACCCAACUACCCCGGAGGAGGAGGCUUUGGUGGGAAUUACCCUGGAGGUCCCAACCCUGGACCAGGUGGAAUGGGCAUCCCUUCACACUCCCGUCCUCCUUCGGACUUCACGCAGCCUGCUGCCGCUGCGGCUGCGGCCGCAGUCGCCGCUGCUGCCGCCACCGCGACCGCCACUGCCACAGCGACGGUAGCGGCCCUGCAGGAGACCCAGAACAAGGACAUGAACCAGUAUGGACCGAUGAGUUCGUCUUUCCAGAUGGGACCAAACCAGGCGUACAACAGCCAGUUCAUGAACCAGCCAGGACCCCGAGGCCCUGCAUCCCUCCCCGGGAGCAUGGGCACAGGCAUGAACGCGUCCAACAUGAGCGGGCCUCCAAUGGGAAUGAACCAACCCAGAGGGCAAGGUAUGGCACCUUUUGGGGCCCACGGCCAAAGAAUGCCCCAGCAAGGCUAUACUGGGCCGCGGCCUCAGGGCAUGGGUAUGCAAGGCAUGAAGAGGCCGUACCCAGGGGAGCCAAACUAUGGUGGACAGCAGUAUGGACCAAACAACCAGUUCCCAAAUCAGCAGGGGCAGUACCCCACACCCGGAGCCUCCAGGCCGCUGCCAUCGCCCAACUAUCCUGGACAGAGAAUGCCAGCACAGCAGCUGCAGGGCCAGUAUCCGCCACCGAGUGGUGCCAUGGGCCAGUACUACAAGCAAGAGCCACCUUUUAACGGUCAAACAAACAACUUCUCUGGGAGUGGAUAUCAGUACACCCAGGGUAAUAUGAAUGGGCCGCCCAGACCGGUGGGUAACUACCCGCAUUCCCCUGUGCCAGGCAACCCGACUCCUCCCAUGACCCCAGGAAGCAACAUCCCUCCAUACCUCUCGCCAAACCAGGAUGUGAAGCCGCCCUUCCCUCCUGACAUCAAACCAAAUAUCACCUCGCUCCCCCCACCUCCAGCCAACCACAAUGAGGAGCUGCGCCUGACGUUCCCAGUGCGGGACGGGGUGGUUCUGGAGCCCUUCAGGCUAGAGCACAACCUGGCUGUCAGCAACCACGUCUUCCACUUACGGCCCUCUGUACACCAAACCCUCAUGUGGAGGUCGGACCUAGAGCUGCAGUUCAAGUGCUACCACCACGAGGACCGUCAGAUGAACACCAACUGGCCGGCGUCGGUCCAGGUCAGCGUCAACGCCACGCCGCUCACCAUUGAGCGAGGCGACAACAAGACUUCCCAUAAGCCCCUGCACUUGAAACACGUUUGCCAGCCGGGAAGGAACACGAUUCAAAUCACCGUCACUGCCUGCUGCUGCUCGCACUUGUUUGUGCUGCAGCUGGUCCACAGGCCGUCGGUUCGCUCUGUCCUCCAGGGUUUACUGAAGAAGAGGCUCCUGCCUGCAGAGCACUGCAUCACCAAAGUCAAGAGGAACUUCAGCAGCGUAGUGGCAUCCACGGGCAACGCCACGCUCAAUGGCGAGGACGGCGUGGAGCAGACGGCCAUAAAGGUCUCCCUCAAAUGCCCCAUCACCUUCCGGCGAAUACAGCUUCCAGCGAGAGGACACGACUGCAAACAUGUUCAGUGUUUUGAUUUGGAGUCGUAUUUACAACUGAACUGUGAGCGGGGGACGUGGCGCUGUCCUGUAUGCAAUAAAACAGCACUGUUGGAAGGACUCGAAGUGGACCAGUACAUGUGGGGAAUAUUGAACGCCAUCCAAAACUCGGAGUUUGAGGAGGUGACCAUUGAUCCCACGUGUAGCUGGCGGCCGGUAGCCAUCAAGUCUGACAUUCACAUCAAGGAGGACCCGGACGGACCACUGGCCAAGAGGUUUAAGACCAUGAGUCCCAGCCAGAUGAUCAUGCCCAAUGUAAUGGAGAUGAUCGCCCAGCUCGGACCCGGGCCGUCGCCGUACCCGUCGCUAUCGUCUCAGCAAGGAGGGAACAGUGACUACGGCAGCCAGGGCAACAGUUACCCGGGGCACGGGAACUUCGACUUCCCUCACAGCACGGCCGGUGGUACAUCCAUGAAUGACUUCAUACACGGCCCUCAGCUGUCUCACCCACCCGACAUGCCCAACAGCCUGAUGGCCCAGGACAAGCCCCUCUCCCACAGCAUGCCUGACUCUAUACCUCAUACUGCUGGCAAUGAUCAGUCGCACGGCCCAUUGCAGCAGACCCUACGGGCGUCUCCACACCCUGGCAGCCAGUCGGGGCCACAGCUACACCACAGCGGGCCUCCUCAGCCCUCACGACAAGCUCCACCUCCUCAGCAGCAGCAGCAACAGCAGCAGCAGCAGCAGCAACAGCAGCCCGGGCCUCACAGCGACCUGUCCUUCAAUCCUUCCAGCAGUUUGGACAGCCAAGCAGGGUCGGACAUGCCCGAGCCAUCCCUAGAUCUACUUCCAGAGCUCGCUAACCCAGACGAGCUUUUGUCGUAUCUGGAUCCCCCAGACCUUCCCAGCAAUAGCAACGACGACCUACUGUCGCUGUUCGAAAACAACUGAGUCGAUCCAGACACACACACAAACUUUUUGGAAUGCCUGCAGUUGCCCCAAGAAUCCGGGGCGGUCCCUCAGUACUUGAUGAACACAAAGAUGCACUCCUUUCUCUUCUUCGUCUUGUACAGUUUUCAUCGCCAGCGCAGAUUGACUGACAAAGGUCGAAACUAAAUUCUCACUGCAGGUUGCUCACACCGUGGUGAUACCUUCAGAACUGUGCAGCUAUACCCGGUUGGUUUUUUUAUGCCUCACAUAGGUGUUUGUGUGCACAUUAGGAACAUGUUGUAGCAUUUUUUAUUCAUGUUUCUUUUGGCUAAGACAAAGGAAUUCACUGUAUAAAGCUGAAAGACCUGCGCUCUCUGGCCAGUGUGCAUUAAGUCCAUACUGUUAUUCCUGGCCUGAGCGGCCACAGCUUCCUUGUGUCACAGCUCCAUUCCCAGACUGCUCUGGUUAGUCGCACUGUUUUUUGUCCACCUCGCAUCAUUUGAAAGCACAAGAGAUUUUGGCGAUGCAAAAAAAAAAAAGUUCUGUCUUUACAGAAAACAAAGAUCAAUUGGAUCCAUGUUUUUUAAAUGAUUUUUUCUCGUCAUUUAAAAAUAUUUUUAGGAAUGAUUGGCUACCACUUUGUCUACAAUUGUGAUACGUGUGUAUUUUUGUCAAAGAGAGAUCUCCCCACUUUUCAGUCUUCUGAGGGUCGUUGGAUGAAAUGGAAAGUUUUGGCCCGAGGGAUACCACAAACUUUAUAUAGCAAACCAUGAAUAGUAUAACAUAUUGUGUAGUUAUCAUCCUCCUGUACAGGGGAGGGCUUUGAAUGGAGAUGAAUGGUACAAUAUGAGAGUUCGGGGGCCCUGUGACGAUCUUGCUGCAUUUAUUGCUUCCUGCUAAAGCUCCUUCCACGUCUGUACUGCAUGAGCCCCUGGUGUUGCUCGUGUCAGCAUCGUGUCAACAGUUGCAUCUCUCUCCCUGUUAAAUGAUGUGCUGUUUAAGUAGUCUACAAAGUGCAUGUGUGCCAAGCCCCUGUCUAGUGCUGUCCCAAAUGGUUUAAAGGAGAGCGUGUGGAUUUUAUCAGUUGCUGUUUCCAUGGCUAUUUUUGUUCGUGCGUUUGUAUUUGAUAUCUGUCGGAUUUAGAAUGAUUUAUUUAACACUAACAUUGAAGGGAUAAUGCUGAUUGUAGCAGUACAUUUAUCAUGUGCUUGCUGGUUAUGCUGUAUUCUUUUUUGUCUUUCUCGUUUUGUUUUAUCUCUCUCAUUUGUUUCCGCUGCAUAAUUAAACUAUCCAUCAAUAUAUUUUUGGGAAACUGCUCGACGUCACCAAAGUUCGAGGGACGAGAACGGAGACGCUUGUGUUUGCUCGGUCCUGUGGAAAGCUGCGUGUGCGUGAAUGUGCGGAAGUGUGCUGGACCGUGUGUGUGUGUGUGUGUGUGUGUUUCUAAAAAUGUGGUGGGAGGCGAUAUUGAUUUCAAAUAUAUAGAAGAGGACAAGUACAGUUUAUCCAUCACUACUGUUAAAGAAGUGGUUUUAAAGCAGUAUUGGUGCAGACCUUUUGCCACAUUUGAUUUCAGUUUCAUUUUGUUGAGAAGAGUGCUGUUCAGUAUGCAAAUGUAUUAUUUUUUAAGAAAUGCUAUUGUACUGUAAAUAUAAUUGUGAAUAUUUUUGUAUCAUCUUGAUAAUGUUUGUCUGUUGAUCAUUAGUCAUCUAACCUAAACACACACGCUCCCGAUCUCCCGUCUGACCACUGACUUUGUUGGUAACCAGCAUACAACAGCUGUCUCGUCAGUCCAAGUGUCUCAUAAGCUAUUUCCUGCAGGUGGUCGUGCUUUCUAGUCGCCUUCCUUCCAGUGCGUUCUGUCUCACGCCUGUUCAUAGACGGCGUGUCCCAUGGUAUUCCUGCGUUAGCGGAGGGCGAUUGUCCAUCAUCAUUUCAGUGUCGAGCACAGUUUCAAGCAAUAUUUUCUCUCGCGCUCAGAUGUAUUUGACUGAAAAUUAACCAUGUUUUCUGUUCAUGAAUUUCUGCUAACAUUCUUUAGGUGAUGCUGAACGGUCAUGGUUUAAAAAAAGAGAUGUGGUAUCAGCUGGCUUUCAGUGUAAUUAGUGAGCUAUGUGAAUAUCAUAAUUGUUGCUAAUUGUUGAUACACGGUGGUAUUUUAAAGAUAUAUCACAAUCUUAUUUUAAAGAAAUUCAUGAUAUUGUUUAUAUUUUUAUUAGAGAAAAUGUGGCUUUUUGAAAAGCAUGAGACCAUAUACAUUUUUAUCCCCUUUUUGUUUUUGGUAAAUUAUUUUGUACUGGUUUUCUUAUAUCUGUAAGGCUAGAAAUCCAAUUACUUUCAACUGUAGCAUUGCGUUCAUUUAAGCAAUCUGGUUUUAUGUAAACAUCAUUUACAAACCAUCAUUUGUUCCAAUUCAGCACUCUGACAUGUUUCAUAUUUGAUUAUGGUUAAAAGUUAUAAGGUUCCAUCUUUUCGGGUGACAGUGCCAGAUUUUACGUUUCGCUGUCUAAAUUUAAACUACGGUCAUUUCAUAUUUUGUUCUUCCUUUGAAGUGAGCCAAAUUUGGUGUAAUAGGCAGCACCCCCAAAUCUGUAGUUGCACAAUCAAAAAAGGGGGUGUUUUAAAAAAAAAUGGAACAUAAAAAUUGUAAAACCUACAAAGAGGAAGGGCAUGUUCACUCAUCAUUCUGACCUGAAAAAGAUUUUGAGGGCAAGGGUAGGUCAAACGUCCCAAGGAUGUCUGUAUAUAUGUAAAUGAAUAUAGAGACAUGUGAAGAGAAAUGUAUUCAUUUUCCCUGGGAAUGUGCAUCGUUUCUGCAGAAUAAUAAAAAGCUUGCAACCCCUCUACUGGAAGUGGCUGAAUAUGGAAAAUGAAACUUGUUAGUUAGUGUCUGUGGGUAUCUCUCAGCAUUUUGUUCCCCCUCUGUAAUAUACUUUCAGCUCUUUUGUUUGGGGAACUGGGACAGCUAUGUCUUACAUGUAAUAUUUAGCCUAAGUGUUCUAGUCUGUCACUUGCAUACUCUGAGGUGCUAAAGCUCAAAAAAAACAAAAAAAAACAAGGUUACAAAGAAAAUUGGACAGAGUGGGAGAAAGACGGUGGAAGGCAUGGGUCCAGGAGAUUGUAACCAAAUCCAUGGUUUGUACAUUUUUGAUAUCAUGAACAGUUGGAACAAUGAUACAAUCUAAGGUGAUUCAUGCAAUGUGACCAUUGUCUCUAUGUUUGUACAUUGUAUGUACAAUCAUUUCAUAUUCUAAACUGGUCAGAAAAUUCAGAAACUAAUUGUGAUUUUUAGUCUUGCAGAACUGUAUGUAGUUAGAUGAUGUGACAACCUAAUAUUUAUCUAAUAAAUAUGUAUUCAGAUGAUACCUGUA